AUGCGCGCAAAGACGAAUGUAGCGAGCGCAGACGUGAAGCCGGUAUUUAAUCUACAGGAACAGCUGAAUUGGUUAGAGAAAGCACCUAAAAGCUCACUGCAGCAAUGUCUUAAUUCCCACGUCAUUGAAACAUAUCUUGACAGUUGUAAGACUAGAAAACAAAGUUUGAAUGAUGGAACAGCCGAUAAAGAAAACUGUUUGGAGACGAUACAAAGAGGACGAGAGGCACUGGAGAAGUUCCAAGCUUUACGUGCGAAAUCAAAGGCUUCUACGAAACUUAAAGUGAUUCCGACGCCAAGGAUUGUCCUCGGGACAAUGCCGGUGAUUAAUGCGACACCAGCUUCCGUGUCUGUAAAUCCGUUGGAACACUUGGAUGAUUCGUCUGGAGAUUGGAAAACAGGUGGAGCGGAUCAUACCUCGUCUUCGGCGGGAUCACUUGCUCCUGCUGGCGUAAAUGUUGUUGUGGAUCUGACACGGACGACGACGUUGUUGCCCUCUGGUCGCGCUUCGACAACAUGUCAGAAGAAUGAUGAAACAGAUAUGCAAGCGCGUACUACAAUGCAGCAAUCAUCGUAUACAGAACUAGAUGAUGAUGCUGAUAGCUUGUUUGAUCAGGUGGAUGUAGAUGCUCUGGUCGCUAACCAUCAACGUGCACAGCAACAGAGUCAUCGACUUGUUCCACAGAAAGAACUGCGUCAAUCAAUUCAACAAACGAGGGAGAAUCUUCGCAAAGUUCGUGAGGAAUGUGACGACGCGUCGCUCGAGGGAGACGUGCCAGAUUUCAUGCAAAAACGUCGUUCAGCGCUAGAACGAGAACUGGAGCAAUUAAGCAGGAGGUACAGAGAGUGCAAAGGCACAGCAAAAGCAUCUCCACUCAGUGAGGAUGUGUCUUCGAUGCAAGCUCCGCUUCAACAUGUGGAAAUGCCGCAAGUGGAUAAGAGAGGACCUGACGGACAAAACAAUAAUCCGACUUGCUCUUGUGGAAUGACAACUGUGGAAGCUCGAGUACAACACGGAUCAAACGCUAAUCGACUCUAUUAUCGGUGUAGUACGUGUGGGUUUAAUUCUUGGGUUGACGGUAAAUUUGGAAAUGAAGAAGAUCAUUAUAAUAAUAAUGGAGAUAAUCGGACUAGGCAGAUUGUUGUAGAACAGCCCUGCGUUUCUAGCGAUCCACGUGUGACCUCGAACAUGCAGCGUGCCAAGCGAGUACUCCGCGACGUGUUUGGCCAUAACGCGUUUCGACCUAAUCAGGAACGGACAGUCAUGGAGGCAUUUAGUGGUCGUGAUGUGUUUGUGCUAAUGCCCACGGGAGGCGGUAAAAGUCUUUGCUUCCAGCUGCCUGCUUGUAUAGAUGAUGGCGUUACAAUUGUGAUUUCUCCUCUCGUGUCGCUAAUUCAAGACCAAGUUCAACAGCUGGAGGCUCUCGAUGUGGGUGUUGCGAAUUUGAAGGGUGACCAAGACUACGAUAGUGUACAGCGACCAAUUAUCUCGGAGCUCUUUUCGAACCGCAUUACGAUUAAAAUGCUAUAUGUGACUCCUGAAAAAAUUGCUUCAAGCAACCUGCUGAACAACUUGUUUGAAUCGCUCGAGAAGCGCGGCCUCUUGGCUCGGUUUGUGAUUGAUGAGGCACACUGUAUUAGUCAAUGGGGUCACGACUUUAGGAAAGACUAUUUGAAUUUGGGAACGCUACGAUCAAAGUUUCCGUCGGUACCUAUCAUGGCUUUGACGGCAACAGCCAACACGCAAACUGAAGCAGAUAUUGCCAGAAAUUUGAAGCUGAGAAAUCCGUUCGUCACUCGUUCAAGUUUUAAUCGACCAAAUUUGACAUAUGACGUACGCAAGAAGACUCCCAAGUUCAUGACGGAGAUAGCAGAUUACGUCCGGAAACACAUCGAUGACUCUGGAAUUAUCUACUGUCUAUCGAAAAAGGAUUGCGAACAAACAGCUGAGAAAUUGAUCAAGGCGUUGGGAUUUGAAAGCACUCGAAAAGCAAGUCAGAUCUCGUUCUACCAUGCAGGGUUAGAACCUUAUGACCGUGCUUCUCGCCAUCAUGAGUGGAGCAAAGGCAAGAUUAAACUUAUAUGCGCCACGGUAGCCUUUGGAAUGGGGAUCAACAAGCCCGAUGUGCGCUACGUUAUUCAUCACACGAUUCCACAGUCUGUGACGCACUACUACCAGGAAGCUGGACGAGCAGGGAGAGACGGCGAAAAGGCAAAUUGUAUUCUCUACUAUUCCUUCUUGGAUUUGACUCGACGACGCAAGCUAAUCACAAAGGAUCGCGAAAACAUGCAACAUCGAAAUGUGCAUCUGCAGAACCUUCGGCGUAUGACAGAGUUUUGCGAGAAUCAAGUUGAAUGCCGACGGACAUCUCUUCUCGAGUAUUUUGGUGAACAUUUUUCCAGCGAGCAGUGCCACGAAACUUGCGACAACUGCAAGAAUAAGGCUUUGGGAAUCACGUUUGAGAAGUCGGACGUAACUGAGGACUGUAUUUUGCUGGCAGAUAUGAUCAAAACCCUCCAGGAAACUCGAGAUCCCGCGACACUAGUGCAAGUUGCUCAGAUAUUUCUCGGCUUGGUGGUCAAGGGAAGAGAGUGGAAGCAAGAUCAGUUUUCGCAGCUGAAAGGGUUUGGCAAAGGCAAGGGACGCUACUCACGCAGUGAAGUGGAGCGCAUUUUGUAUCACAUGAUACUUCGGCAAUAUCUACGUGAAGUGGAUCAAACUAACGCAAAAGGCUUUACGACAACCUUCGUAUCUCUUGGAAUCAACGCAAAUCGACUUCAUCGUGGUGAACGAGUUCGCAUUGUAUGCAAGACAAAGUAUCAGUCGCAUGCUUCUGUCGGAGACGGUACUCUACAGAGUAAGGUCUCCAAGAAAAAGGAGCCAAAGAAAACUGCUUCGAAAAAAGCAAACGCAACCGAUAAAACGUGGAAGGCGAUUACUAAGAAGAGAAAAGCGAGUGCGAAGGACGCUGUUGAAGAGCUUAGCGAUGACUAUGAUGAUGAUGUGGUGACGGUCGUUGCGCCAACGUCGACUACGACACAGUAUUCUCUUAUUCCAGAGAGCACGUCUUCAAGAAGAAUCCCCGAAAAGCACGUUGAAACACUUGCCCAGAUGCUCAAAGAUUGGCGUGCAAGUGUGUGUGAUAGCGAAAAUGUCAUGCCGUACCACAUUCUCACGACUGCGGGUAUUGCUGCAAUUGCCAAUUCGGUUCCCGUUUCAAAUGCGGAGCUAUUGAAAAUCGACGGUGUCGGGCGCAUUCGCGUAAAGAAGUAUGGUGAAGCCAUCAUCGGUAUUGUCAAGAACCAUCUCAAAAAGUACAACUUGACACCAACUCCAGUACCGACACCCCGCUCAAGCAACGUGCUGGACAGCCUUGACGCAUUGGAUUCCGAUGUCGAAAUUGUCGAAGCACCUCCAACAGCCAAGUCGUCUCCAUUUUUCCAGGACAAGAAUACGGCGACUACCUCGGUGGUGUCUACCCGGCCCAGCGCAAGUGCAAGUAUUGACGAUGGUCUUGAUGACAUCGAUUGGGAUGCAUGGGAUGCAGACGUGUUGAACCAUACAAGUUCUAGUGCUACUCGCAAACGCUCGAGGGAUACGUCAGGAACGACCUGGACAUCAAAGAAGCGAACACUCUGA